UUUUAUUUUAUUUUAUUUUAAAAAGAUUAAUACUACUAUAACUGAUAUAGAUAGAUCAAACAAUAUUACAGGACGAUGAGAUCAAAGACUCAUAAGGAGCAUCAAAUGUUAAACGAUAUGAAUGCUUCAGUAUCAUCUAGUAGAUCAAUAUCGACUCAAUCAUGUAAAAAUCGCUCAAGAUCUCAAUCCAUAAAAGAGACAGUGAGCCAAAAGUUUAAAGAAAUGGAACAUGCAGAUACAACUGGAUUUAUACAAUACAUGGAUGACCAAGUUCACGACACAUGGGAUAAUGCAAAAGCAGCUAUGGUUGGAGCACAAAGAUUAUUGCAAUUUCAUGAAUUACCCAAAGAAUGGCAAGAAAAUGAAUAUAUUUUGUCUGGUUAUCGUUUUUAUCAAAGUAGUCAAGCAUGUCUUCGGUCUAUAUUUAUGUUACAUAAUGAAACGAUAAACAUAUGGAGUCAUUUAAUUGGAUUUAUAUGUAUGCUUUGUCUCAGUAUUUAUGGAUUUAAUAUUCAUUUUCCAGAUGCUACAUUGAAUGAUUGUAUUAUUUUUAUAACAUUUUGUGCUGCAGCCUUAAAAUGUUUAUUUUGCUCAUCCAUCUAUCACACAUUUAUUUGCCAUGCGCAUCAUCAAGUAAAAUCAUUUACAGCAACUUUAGAUUAUAUGGGUAUUUCAUUUCUGAUUACAGCCUCAGUUCUUGUAACAGAAUAUUAUGGAUAUUAUUGUCGUCCCAUUAUACGUACUCGAUAUAUGUUAUUUACAGCUGCUAUUGGAGCAAUAGGUGUCCUUGCACCUUUUCUUAAAAGAUGGGAUACAAAGGAGUUUAGACCUUUUCGUAUUGUUGUAUUUGUAUCUAUGGCUGUUUCUAGCGCUUUACCCGUAUUUCAUUUAGUAUAUUUAAAUGGAUUCAUGAGAACAUGGUAUUUUUUUGAGUUAGCUGCUAUCAGUGUAGCUAUGUAUAGCCUAGGAGUUAUUGUUUAUGCAAAUCGAUUUCCUGAAAAAUUUUAUCCUGGAAAAUUUGAUUUAGCAGGAUUAACAAGUCAUGCUAUAUGGCAUAUGUUUGUAUGUUUGGGUAUAUUUUUUCAUUAUUUAGCCUCUUUGCGCUUUUAUGCUAAUAGAUAUAGUUACGGUUGUAAUAUUAGACCAAGACCUUAG